AUGGCCCCUCCUUCCUCUCGCUCUGAGGUGUUGUCUCACCUUCGAGCCCAAGUUGACGGGGGUAAACCUAUCAUUGGAGCCGGAGCAGGCACUGGUUUGUCCGCCAAAUUCAUCGAGGCCGGGGUUGCAGACCUGAUCAUCAUCUACAACUCCGGACGCUUCCGCAUGGCAGGUCGAGGAUCCCUCGCUGGACUUAUGCCAUAUGGUGACGCCAAUGCUGUCGUCCUCGACAUGGCAAACGAGGUCUUGCCAAUUGUCAACAGGAUAGGCGUCCUUGCUGGCGUUUGCGGAACCGACCCCUUUCGCAUCAUGCCCAACUUUCUUCAACAACUCAAGAGCAUGGGCUUCUGCGGCGUCCAAAAUUUUCCCACCGUGGGUCUCAUCGAUGGAGUUUUCAGGGCAAAUUUGGAGGAGACGGGAAUGGGUUAUGACAAAGAGGUCGAAAUGAUCGCCCAAGCACAUAAGCUGGAUUUACUCACCACGCCCUACGUCUUCAAUGUGGACGAGGCUGAGAAAAUGACCAAGGCUGGUGCAGAUGUUUUGGUCUGUCACAUGGGCUUGACAACCUCCGGGUCUAUCGGCGCCAAAACAGGCAAGACACUUGAUGAAUGCGUCGAGUUGAUUCAAACGAUGAGAGAUGCUGCAGUCGAGAUCAAUCGCCAAAUCCUCGUCCUCUGCCAUGGAGGUCCCAUAGCCGAGCCGAAGGAUGCUGAUUAUGUUCUCAGCCGGACGACCGGCGUCCAUGGUUUCUUUGGCGCCAGUAGUAUGGAGAGAUUACCUGUCGAGCUUGCUAUUACCGACAUAACAAGACGGUUCAAAACUCUGAAAUUCAACAGCUAAAAGUAGUGAGGAGACAUAGGGAUGCAAACGGGUCAUCUGGUCUUCGACAUGCGCAUGGUCCUGAGAUAUAAGGCUGAACUCAGCGCCGACCAAAGUUUAAGAUCCCUUGCCAAUAUUCGAGGCUACAAGAUUAGCAAACCCGGCCAGCGUCCGUACCCCUGCUUUGUCGUCCGGGCUUGAAUUUUGAUCUGGUUGGUUAUUGGACAAUUGACCACAUGGCCAGGUCGCCAGCGCCCCGGGCCUGAGCACCCUUGGAAUAAAACCCUGCGCAAGGAAAUAUUGUUGGGUGCAAGACCACGAGUACUCCGUAUCUGCACAUGGGGCUGCAGCGUACCAUUUCGCCCUUUGCACCACACAGAAAGCAGACAACAUGACUAACUACGAGGAGAUCUUUCCUGGAUUCGUGUCUCCGACGACGAUCAAAGCCGAGUCUCUGCCCAACUAAAAUGGCACUAGAAAGGCAACCUGAUUCAAGUCUGCCUUGGUCUCCACCAACACGGCUCAGAUUGACUUUCGCUUCACAUCAGGGUUCGGCUAACCCUUGAGCCAAGAUCGGCCCCCAUAUAUACCAAGACUUGCCGCCCCUCGUGCCCCUGAAACCGGAGCUUUGAGGGCCAUUUGCGCCACAUAGCGCACGAACUAGGGCUUAGAGAAGCAUACGCUUGAUUAAUGCAAGGUGCAACAGCGAUCCAUUUGCCUAGAGGCACAAAUAAGAAGUGAUCGCUGAUUGACUGUGGGCUCAAUUUCAUCAUUCCCAUCCUACUGGUCUUUGACUCAACCGGUGAUCAAUUGGUCCCAUUCACCUAUGCGCCUGACGGUCCUUUUAGCUGAAUGCUGAUCCUUCUUGACCUGAUGUAAACAGUCUAUUCAAGGCUGAUCCCUGGUCAAUGCAGAGGAAUAGGUAUUGUUUAGGCUUUUGAGCUUGGAGAACUUCUAUGUACGGAGUACUCACAACCAAUGGCUUCUGGUCGAUCUUGAUAACCGACUAAUCAGAGCGGCACGUUGGAAUUUCAGGGUCAAGCACGAGGUUAAGAGUGGAUGAGCGAUCAAAUCCUCGGCCCUGACUGCCACAAAAUGUAGCCGUAUUCCGUCGUGCUCACGACCAGGCUAAAUCCUGAGUCGCGAACCACCGGCAGUUGGAGCAC